UGAAAAAUUGCCACGAAAUAGACUGCCACCUUCAACAGAAAGCGAAGACGGCGAGGCGACGAUUCUGAUUUCGAUUUGGACUAGAAAACACGAACAUUGUUUGAUUUCAAAAUAAACUUUUACGAUGGAGGAAGUCAGCAAGCACUCUGUCCACACGCUGGUGUUCAGAUCACUCAAGAGGUCACAUGACAUGUUCAUUGCUGAUAACGCCCAUCCUCCAAAUAGGGAUGCUGAAGCAGAUAAGGUUAAGAUUGCCUGCAAAGUGAAAGACCAGUAUGGGAUGGUACAGAACCUGACAGCUACCACAGGACACCAGAGAACAGCUGACGACUUACAUCAAGAAACAAGGGAAGAGAGCCAGGGGUAUGAACAAGGAUAUGAGGAGAUUCCAGCCCACAUCCAACCAGGACAUCCAUACCCAAAUGCACCAGGAGUACCACUGUCUGAACACACUGCAAGACAACCAGGUCUUAGUCAAGGAGGUGUUCAGCAGGUGUUGAGAGGGCUUCCACCUUCAGAAGCUCAGCUUCAGGCUUCAAGAACAGCUCCUGGAAUUGAAGAUAUUCAGAGGAAAGCUGGCAUUCCAGAGAGAAUACAACCCCCAGGAUCAAGGGCCUUGGUAGCUGUUUCCUCUGGCACCAAGAACUCAGCCAUUGUUCCUAGGAAAGCUCCCACAAUGCCUAAACCAAAGUGGCAUCCCCCGUGGAAGCUGUACCGCGUGAUCAGCGGCCAUCUGGGAUGGGUUAGAAGCAUAGCUGUGGAACCAGGCAAUCAGUGGUUUGUCACAGGGGCAGGCGACAGGGUCAUUAAGAUCUGGGAUUUGGCUAGUGGUCAGCUGAAGCUAUCCUUGACCGGUCACGUGAGUGCUGUCCGUGGUCUGGCAGUGAGCCCUCGUCAGCCCUACCUCUUCUCCUGUGGAGAGGAUAAGAUGGUCAAAUGUUGGGACCUGGAAAUGAACAAGGUCAUAAGACAUUACCAUGGUCAUCUCAGCGCCUGCUACGCCCUUGACCUCCAUCCGACCAUUGACAUCCUGGCUACGUGUGGACGAGACGCCACCAUCAGGAUAUGGGACAUGCGGUCAAAGGCUUGCGUCCACACACUGACCGGUCACACCAAUACAGUAGCAUCGGUCAAGUGCCAGAGUGCUGAACCUCAGAUUGUAAGUGGCAGCCAUGACUCUACCAUCAGACUGUGGGACCUGGCAGCGGGCAAGUCCAGAGCAACCCUCACCAACCACAAGAAGAGUGUCAGAUCUGUUGUUCUACAUCCGAAACUGUACAUGAUGGCGUCGGCAUCUCCAGAUAACCUCAAGCAGUGGAAGUUCCCUGAAGGAAACUUCAUGCAGAACCUAGGAGGCCACAACGCCAUCGUCAAUUGCUUGGCUGUCAACUCGGAUAAUGUUCUUGUGUCGGGAGGAGACAACGGUUCACUUCAUUUCUGGGAUUGGCGGUCGGGCUUUAACUUCCAGCGGACCCAGGCCCCGGCCCAGCCCGGGUCGCUCGACAGCGAUGCAGGAAUCUUUGCCAUGACCUUUGACCACAGCGGCAGUCGGCUGCUGACCGCAGAGGGCGAUAAGACCAUCAAGAUCUACAAGGAAGACGAUGAAGCGACGGAAGAGACUCAUCCUCUAAACUGGAAGCCCGAGAUCCUGAAAAAGAAGAAGUAUUAAAAGAAAGAUGGCUGGCAUGUAUUCCCUGGAGUCAUGAUUGCUGUUACAGGGCCCUGAUUCAUAAAACUUAAUAUCAAUGACUAGAUACAAGCUACUGUUAUAAGCUACUGAAAUCAUGGCAUCUGAUUGGCUGAGAGCACAUUUGUCAUAGAAACUUAGCCGUUAUAGAUAACAAGUUUUAUGAAGUGGGCCCCAGAUGCCUUGCUCAACUAAACCUGGAUACAAUGGCCACCUCUUCAGGAAAUUCAUCUGCUACAGAGACUUUUGGUUGGGGCAACUGUAACAUGUAGUUUAUUCUUCUACCAACCUUAUAAUUUAGUGCCCGGUAUGCAAGCUUUCUUCUCCUCUUAGCAACUUUCUCAAGCCAAGCGAUUCUUCACGCAGGAAGGUCAUCUGCUACAAAGACUUUUGGUUGGGGAUAAUCACAACAUGUAGUUUAUUCUUUUACCAGCCUUAUAAUUUAGUGCCUGGUACGCAAGCUUUCGUCUACUAACAACUUUCUCGGGCCAAGCGAUCCUUUACACAGUUUCUUGUUGUCUGCUGUCUCGAGAUCUCUGGAGCGAAAACAGGUGAUAGUGAAAAGCCAGAGCCCCCAUUCAGUUAACGAGUAAUCAAUUUAUUCCAGAUCGAUUUUUCUUUAAUCACCUUUCUAGGAAAGAGGCGUGUUUCAAAGUCAAUUGUAUGUCCAGUUUUAAAGGCAUCGUUUAACAGUGUUAAAUCUGAGAUGCAUGGACCUGCAUGUUAUCAGUGUCUGUGAUAUGGUGUAAUAUUUAAGCAAGCCCUACAAAAGUUGCGCAUCAAAAUGAUCACAAAGUGCCACAAAAAAGUAAAUUUCUUUGAGAGACCGGUUUAGCAUAUUCACUUUCCCCAAUAGACUGUAGUGUUAUAAAAACCGUUAAAAAUAUUUUUUGAAAUUUCGAUUUCCAACCAUAUAUAUCUUAAU